AUGGCUAGCAAGUCGAAGAUCGAGCUUACACCAUCCAGCGAGCUCUCUAGCAGAUACACGCUCAAGGAGUUUCUAGGCGAGGGUCAGUACGGUACAGUGUGGCGUUGUGAGAAGCGCGCGACGGGCGAGCAUUUCGCGCUCAAGUACAUCGACCUCACCAAGUGCAGCAGCAGGGCCCGCCUCGCAGCUCUCGGCGAAGUUGAAAUCCUCCAAAAGAUCCGCGAUUCUGGCUUCUCCGAUAGUGUCGUAACGCUCAAGGACGUGUACGGGGACAAGGAUUCACUUUAUCUUGUAAUGGAGCUGUGCACUGGCGGGGAUCUUCUCGAGCUCAUCCAGAAGCAGCCCGGGGCGUUUCUUAGCGAGGCGGAGUCGCGCCACGUAUUCACGUCUGUAGCGCGCGCCGUGAAGCAGUGCCACGCUAGCAACAUCGUCCACCGCGACAUCAAACCCGAAAACAUUCUCCUCUGCCCGAUUUCGAAAGUCAACGCCGCCACCGCCGCUGACGCUGCCAAUGACGGCGCGUCGUUCGCUUACACCGCGAAACUCGCAGAUUUCGGGCUAGCUGUGGACGUGCCGUGGUGGCAGCAGAUUCGCGGGUAUGCCGGCAGCAAGCCGUAUGAGGCGCCGGAGGUUAUGGCGGGAGUUGCGUACGACGAGUCGGCUGAUAUCUGGAGCCUCGGCGUGACUCUCUACGCGAUGCUUUCGGGAAAGUGGCCGCUAUUUAGGGGCGGGAAGCGGGUACUUGACGAGAAGGUGGAUUUCGCAUCGAACGACUGGAAGAAGGUGUCGGGCGACGCGAAAGAUCUCAUCCGUCGGAUGCUGCGCGUGGAUGUGAACGAACGGUUCACAAUUGACGAGGUUCUGGCGCAUCCGUGGGUACGUCCGACAGUAGCAGCAGCGGCUCAGGAAGCGAUGGAGUCCGUCGAUCUAUCGGAGAAACGAACGACUGCUGUUGUUUCGCGAACCGACGCUCAUAUCUCCUCGGGAAUUGCCGAAGCCGAUUCCGAAAGCACCGCUACCAGCGCCGCGUUAUUCGCGUCUGAAUCCUCCAAAGCCAGUGCCGCCAAGACACACGCCACCACCCACGUCCGCGAUACAAAGCGAUCCGACACGGGGGGAAGCAUGCCUUUGGCGAGUGCAACCAACAGCACCGACAGUGACUGUGAGAGCAACGGGGAGAAGCCGCGCCGGGGCGGAAAGCUAUCUCCGCGCACCGUUCUGAACCGCGUCAUGAAGGCCUUCUCCCCUCUCACGCGCCAGAGGGGGGCGUCGUAUAUCGUCUCGACGCUCAAUCCAUGCCACGGAGGGGGAGGGGACUAUUGCAUAUUCCAUAUGAUCUCCCCUUCAGAUCUCCCCUUCGGAUCUCCCCUUCAGAUCUCCCCUUCAGAUCUCCCCUUCGGAUCUCCCCUUCGGAUCUCCCCUUCGGAUCUCCCCUUCGGAUCUCCCCUUCAGAUCUCCCCUUCAGAUCUCCCCUUCGGAUCUCCCCUUCAGAUCUCCCCUUCGGAUCUCCCCUUCGGAUCUCCCCUUCGGAUCUCCCCUUCAGCUCUCCCCUUCGGAUCUCCCCUUCGGAUCUCCCCUUCAGAUCUCCCCUUCAGAUCUCCCCUUCAGAUCUCCCCUUCAGAUCUCCCCUUCAGAUCUCCCCUUCAGAUCUCUUCCCUUCGAAUCUUCCUUUCAACAAGGCCCUCCUUUCAGGAUCUUCCAUCCAAAGCCUUCCGUUCAGGGUAA